AUGACCGAACCAUCCCCAAACCCUGCGCCAGAACACGAUAUGGACGCUCCGUUCCUAAACGGCGAAGCCCAAAUGCAACAGCAACUCGCAGAUGUAGAAAUGGCAGACUCUACAAGCGACCAGCCCCCUCAAGCAGAACCCUCACCCCCAUCCCAAGCACCACCUCUCCAACAGCCAACAACAACACAAACCCAGCCCCUAACACCCUCACAAACAACGACUACUCCCUCAGCGCCGGCGCCCAGCGCCCCAGUAGCACACCCCGCGACCGCACCCGCAUCAUCGCGCAACUCGCCGCACCCGCCGGCGCAGGCGCCCACGCAGCCGAUUCCACACGGGAGCCCGACGAGGGUGUAUUUGAAUCAGCAUGUGACGCCGUAUUUGCUCGAGGCGAUGAAGCAUCUUGCGACGCAGGAGCCGGAGAAGCCGUUGAAGUGGUUGAGCGAGUUUUUGGCGCAGAAGAGUGCGGAGGUUGAGGGGGCUUGA